CACCUCAAACCCAGCAACGCCUUCAGAUCACCACCAUCCCACCUACCCCGCUUCUACCAGAGCGAAUUUUUGCGCGUAGCCUUGCGUCUUACGGCAAAACACCUUGAUGCCCUUCGCUGCACCGUCAAAGAACGCGAGGAUGUCCGCUUUUUGCCUCCAGCCCACUAAUCACGGCAUCUAGGACUCAUAAAGCUCUUGUUGAUCUCGAUCACAUGUCGGGUCGCAAGCUCAUCAAUCACUAUGAAGUCAUUGAAGAGAUCGGCCGAGGUGUCGAUGGGAAGGUCAAGCUCGCCAGGAACCUGGAGAAUGGAGAGAAUGUGGCCAUAAAGAUCGUCCCCCGAUUCUCUGAGAAGCGGAGGCUGGGAAGGAUCACCGCCCUAUCUCCACAGAACAAGACCAAGAAGGAGAUUGCCAUCCUCAAGAAGGUCCGGCACCCGAACGUUGUCGCUCUGCUCGAGAUCAUCGACGACCCGGAGCUCAAGGAGAUCUAUAUGGUUCUGGAGCACGUCGAGCUGGGCGAGAUCGUUUGGAGAAAGAAGGGUCUACCACAUAUCUGCGCCAUCGAGCAGCGCCGAACUGAAAAGGAGAUGCGUGGUGAAAUGACCACUGAAGAAGAGGAGCAGUAUCUUCAGCACCGCGAGAGACAGCGAGCCAUCGCCGAGUUCAAGAGGGCCAAGUUACGCCAACGGCAGAAGGAUGUAGACCAUGCGUGGAGCAUCGAGGAUGGUGGUGCCAACGAUGUUAACGCCGUGUUCUUGUCGAGUUCCCCAGCCAGGGCCGACGAGGUUAUGUUCUACAACCCAGGACCCGCAUCCGCAUCCGCAUCCGGUUCGUGUGCUACCUCGCGGGCUCCAUCACGUGGUCCUUCAGCCUAUUCAGACUCUCGUGCGGCCACGCCACAUCCAACCGAGCCUGACUUUGCGUCGGUCGAUGACACUAGUAGUGAUCUCGAGACCCCAGGAUUGCUACACUCCCAGCCCGGAUCCUCGACCGCUCUUGAUGGCACCAUGUAUGGCGAUGGUACGGAAGACGCUGUGCUCCGUGGCCGUUCGCCUUGCAUGGCUGACUCCAUCUCGCAUGUGUCUUUAGUCGACUUCGACCCCCAGCUCCAUGGUCCUUUUGCCGAUAGCUUUUCCUAUGUGCCUUGCUUCACCAUAGAGGAGGCUCGUGCCACCUUCCGCGACACUGUGCUUGGAUUGGAGUACCUGCACUAUGAGGGCAUUGUGCACCGCGACAUUAAGCCGGCUAAUCUUCUGUGGACCAAAGACCAUCGGACUAAGAUCUCCGACUUUGGAGUUUCAUACUUCGGGCGACCUAUUCGAGACGGAGAGCCGAAUGAAUUCGUCCCUGAGUCGGAGGCGCGGGAUUUCGACGAUGAUUUGGAGCUCGCCAAAACGGUGGGCACUCCCGCCUUCUUGGCACCGGAGCUCUGCUACACUGAUUUGAAUGAGCCACAGCCGAAGAUCUCCGAACAGAUCGACGUAUGGUCCUUGGGCGUGACCCUGUACUGCCUCAUUUUCGCCCGGAUCCCCUUCAUGGCCGAAGAUGAGUAUCAGAUGUUCCGGAAGAUCACUAAGGACGAUGUGCACAUCCCUCGUCGCCGCCUGAGGCCAGUUGAUCCGCAGUUGGCCUACCCAGCGUCAACAUCUCUCUAUAAACGUGUCAAUAGCGCGCCAUACCGUGAUGAUAACGACCUCUCCUACGAGGAUAUCGAUGACAGCUUGCAUGACCUUCUGAACAAGAUGCUCAUUAAGAACCCGGACAAGCGUAUCCGACUUGGGCAGGUCAAGCGCCACAAGUGGGUGGUGCAAGGGAUUGACGAGGCCGCCUGGAUUGAUGCACGGAUCCGUCCCGGCGUACCGCUGGAAGGAAGACCCAGGUUGAUGAGAAAGAGAUCACUCGUGCCGUCGUACCUUUCGCCUUCCUCGAGCGAGCCGGGUCCGCCAUGAAGAAGGCCGCGGACAAGUUCACCCACGGGCGUCUAUACGGCUAGAAGAUAGCGACCCAGAUAUUCGGAAAUUAGCAGUCGAGGUCUUAGGGAAACAAUCGGCACUUUCGGAUAAGCUUCUUAAAAAUAUAGCUAUUCGACUAGAACAUAGCGGCCCAGAUAUUCGGAAAUCAGCAGUCGAGGUUUUAGGAAAACAGUUAGCGCUGUCCGAUGAACUACUUAAAGGCAUAGCUGCACGACUAGAAGAUAAUGACUUGAGUGUUCGCAGACCAGCAGUUGAAGUUCUAGGGAAACAGUCGGCGCUUUCAGAUGAGGUUCUUGAGGACAUAGUUGCACGACUUGAGCACCCUACUGUCUUAUUCCAGGGCGGUUUUAGGUGAAAUCCAAG